AUGGCAGUGCUGUUGGAGGCUGUGGAGAGCAGCUACUCUCCAGCUUUUAUGAAGAUGCGACAGGACGUUAUUUUUAAACCAUGUCUCUACCUGGCAGCUUUGGAGCAGGCAGAGGACAUUUACAUCUGCCUGAAGCCACUACAGUGUCUGUUUGAAGACUUGGAGAAUGUGGAGUUUCCUGAUAUCAAAGGUCAAAUCCGACCUCUGAUGCACACAGUAUGUCUGGUGUGGACCAGCUCCAGACACUACAACACCCCAGCACGCCUUGUCGUUCUGCUGCAGGAGACCUGCAACCUCCUCAUACAGCAGGCCCGGGCAUAUCUAAUUGCAGAGGAGGUUCUGAGAGAAGAGGUUUCUGAAAGUCUCCUGAGGGUACAGAUGAGCCUGGAGAUCCUGCAGCUGUUUAAGAGCACCUACGACGACCGUAGAGCCAAUCUGAGACAAUACCAGAAGAAUGGAAGCUUGAUCAAGCCAUGGGACUUCUCCCCGCUGUUGGUUUUCUCUAGAUUUGAUCGAUUUGUUAACAGAGUCAAAAGCAUUAAGGACAUCCUGUUAACAGCGUUGGAUCUGAUGAAGCUCGAGAAAGUGGAGAUUGGAGGCAUACAAGGUCGAGCCCUUAGCUUGCAAGUCCAGCAGCUUCACCAAGAGUUUUUGGACACUUACAGAUUGUUCACAGAGAAACCUUCUGACUGCUUAGACAUCAGCAACCUGGACUUUGAAGAAGACAUGAGGCAGUUCAAACUAAAGGUGGAUGACACAGAGCGGCGCGGAGCUAUCUUGUGUCAGGCUUUUGAUCACGCCUCAGGCCUUUAAGGUCAUUCACACUGAAGUCUUUGUUUGCAGGUUGUGGAUAUGUUUGGCUCCCUGCUGGAGCGUUCAUUAGUUGCUGCUGACGCUCUGAGCAGAUACCCUUUUCUUAUGUCCAUGUUUGACCAAGAGCUGGACUGCUGCAAACUCCUUUACAACAAACACAUGCGAGCUGCUGAGGAGCUGGGCUCAGCCCCAGUGAAUAAGAAUAUGCCAGCAGUAGCUGGAGGGCUGAGAUGGGCCCAGGAGCUACAGCAGCGCAUUCAGGCCCUCUUCUUCAAGUUCAGACACCUUUCCUACCCGUGA